GACAGUGCAUGGCUAUGGUGUGGCAAGACUCCAGAGCCGACGAACCCUAGAAUCAGCUUGGGUUCUAAGAGCUGUUUCGUUUUGUAGUUAUUUAAAUUUUUUUUUUUUUCAUUAUCUGCAACGCUGGGGCGUGGAAGCUCAAGAUUGAGUUGCGCCGAUUGGCUACCUUUCGUGUCUGGAAUGGAGGUCGAUUCCCCCACCGAGCGGAAUCCUCUCUCGCUCCAAGAUCGAAUUGUGCAGAGACUUCUUCUAUGCGGAGUUCCUCUUGAGCUUCUUGAUCGACUUCAGCCAGGGUUAGUUUCUUUUGUCAAGGAGAACAAGUCGCAGUUGCCUGAGUUUGUAUCCACAAUCUUACCUACAGAUGAAGAGCUUCUGGAUGAAGCAGAGUUUGCGGAAUCUGGAGGAGUUUCAAGAGGAUCAAGCUUAAAAAAUCUGUUUGGUGAAAGUCUUUUAUGGAUGCAAUGGUUGAUGUUCGAGGAUGAACCACAUGCCUCCCUGAAGAAUCUAGCAAAAAUGAGUGUUGGACAGCGCGGGGUGUGUGGGGCUGUUUGGGGGCAUAAUGACAUAGCAUAUCGCUGCCGAACCUGUGAGCACGACCCAACAUGUGCAAUAUGCGUUCCCUGCUUUCAGAAUGGGAACCACAAGGACCAUGAUUAUUCUAUUAUGUAUACAGGUGGUGGAUGCUGUGAUUGUGGUGAUGCCACUGCAUGGAAGCGUGAGGGCUUCUGUUCAAAGCAUAAAGGAACAGAACAGAUCCAACCUCUGCCAGAGAAGAUGGCAAAUUCUGUGGGGCCUGUUCUUGAUAUCCUUUUCAUUUACUGGAAGGAUAAGCUAGUCUUUGCAGAAACUUUUAGUAGGGGCAAUCUUAGAGUGGGUGAUCAUGCCAGUGAACAUAGAAAGGUUGCAAAUGAGUGGACAUUAGCAGUUGUUGAAAUGCUUAUUGAAUUUUGCAAGCAUAGUGAAAGCCUCCUCAGUUUUAUUUCCAGAAGACUAUUCUUUUUGGUUGGUCUACUUGACAUUCUGGUGAGGGCUGAGAGGUUCUUGGACACAAUGGUUGUCAAGAAGCUCCAUGAAUUGCUAUUAAAAUUGCUUGGUGAUCCUAUUUUCAAGUAUGAGUUUGCCAAAGUAUAUGUAAACUAUUAUCCAGUUGUCAUAAAUGAGGCCAUUAAAAAGAGUAGUGAUUCAAUCGUUGAGAGUUAUCCUCUAUUGAAUACAUUCUCUGUGCAAAUUUUUACAGUACCAACUCUAACACCACGUCUUGUGAAAGAAAUGAAUCUAUUAGGUGUACUGUUGGGAUGCUUGGGCGACAUAUUUCUUUAUUGUUCUGGAGAAGAUGGCAAUCUACAGGUCAGUAGAUUGGCCAGUUUAUAUGCUACAACUGUUCGUGUCGUUGAAGAUACACGCUUCGUUAUGAGCCAUGUUGAAGUUCCAAAGUAUAUAACUCGUGGGCAACCAGAUAUUGCAAGAACAUGGAUGAGGCUUUUGGCCUUUGUGCAAGGGAUGAAUACCCAGAAGAGGGUUACAGGCCUUCACGUUGAAGAAGAUAAUGAAAAUGUGCAUAUGCCUUUUGUGUUGGGGCACUAUAUUGCAUGCAUUCAUUCUCUAUUAGUGGCAGGGGCAUUUCCUGUCUGUGGUGCUGAAGGAAUGAAAGAUGAUGCUCUUGUGGACAAAGACAAACAAAAUUUUGAUGACACCGAUGAUCUGCGGCAUGCGAAAGUAGGGAGGCUUUCCCAGGAGAGCUCCGUUUGUAGCACAACGGGGAGAAGUAUUACACUGGAAUGCAUUUCUAAGGAUGUUGAAGAGAAGGUUGAUACUGGUCAUCAUUGUUCAGUUCCUUCUUCUGUGUCUUGGUUAAUAUUUGAGUGCCUGAGGGCUAUUGAUAGUUGGUUGCCACUGAAUGUUACAUCUGGAGCUCCCUUCAAUUUUUUAUCUCCAGAUACUGGUAGUGGUGUUGGUAGUAGUUUCUCAUUAUUGAGGAGAACAUUGUCAAAGAUUAGAAAGGGUAAAUAUAGCUCAAAGGUGUACCGUGCACCCUCAGCCAGAAUUAGAUCAACCACUUACACUGAGCUUCAUGGUCUGCAUGGUUCAUCAUCUUCCUGUAGUGGUUUUGUAAUGAGCAGUGAUCUGGAGAGUCAAAUGCUAGUGCAGGACAGUAGCACAACAGAUCCUAGUGAAAUGGAUGUUGAAUGUGCCAGUAGCACUAUAGAUCCUGAUAAAACUGAUCUACAACCAGACUGUGCUGCAGAUAUGGAAGCCUUACGUGUUUUGAGUUUGCCAGAGUGGCCUGAUUUAAGUUAUGAUGUUAGUUCACAGGAUGUGUCUGUUCAUAUUCCUUUACAUCGGUUGCUUUCAAUGCUGAUAUAUAAAGCAUUAAGUAGUUGUUAUGCUGAAUCUCUAGCUACAGAGAUGAAUGAUGCUAGUUCUACUUUGCUAUCUAGACCAUGUCAUGAUUUUUCUAGGCAGGUUCUUGUUGGCUGCCACCCUAAUGGAUUUUCUGCCUUUGUAAUGGAGCAUCCCCUACGGAUAAGGGUAUUUUGUGCUCAGGUGCGUGCUGGCAUGUGGAGGAAAAAUGGGGAUGCAGCUAUCUUAAGUUGCGAGUUGUAUCGUUCAGUUCGUUGGUCAGAACAGUGUCUAGAGCCUGAUCUAUUUCUGAUGCAGUGCUGCGCUGCAUUAGCUCCACCGGAUCUAUAUGUUAAGAGAAUUAUAGAAUGUUUUGGAUUAUCAAACUAUCUUUCUCUGAACUUGGAACGACCAAAUGAGUAUGAACCAGUUUUGGUGCAGGAAAUGCUUACCCUUAUCAUACAGAUAGUCAAAGAACGGCGUUUUUGUGGGUUUUCCACCGCUGAGAGCUUGCAAAGAGAGUUGGUUUAUAAGCUUGCCAUUGGAGAUGCUACUCAUAGCCAGGUGGUGAAAUCUCUCCCUCCUGAUCUUUCUAAGAGUGAUCAGAUGCAAAAGAUUUUGGAUGUUGUGGCGGUGUAUUCCAAUCCAUCUGGCAUGAAGCAGGGGAAAUAUUCACUGCAGAAGACAUAUUGGAAAGAAUUAGAUUUGUAUCACCCUCGCUGGAACUCAAGGGAUUUGCAAAUUUCAGAAGAAAGAUACCUGCGUUUCUGUAAGGUUUCCGCUUUGACUAAUCAGUUGCCACGGUGGACAAAACUUUUUUAUUCUCUACAAGGAAUUGCCAGAAUCGCAACUUCCAAGACUGUCCUACAAAUUGUCCGUGCAGUUCUAUUCUAUGCAGUUGUCACAGAUAAAACUUCUGCAUCACGUGCACCUGAUGGAGUAAUUGUUACAGCACUGCACUUACUUUCAUUGGCACUAGACAUAUGCUACUUGCAGAAACAAUCUGGUGACAACUCAAGCAUGAGUACUUCAUUCCCUGUGGAAGAUUUGAUGGUGGCGCUAGCUUUUGCUCGUGAGGAGAUAGAUGUUGGAGCAACUGCAGGAAUGAAUGAGUGGAGGCAUCAAAGCAUGCUGUCACUGCUUGUUUCUUUGAUGAAGAUGCAUCAUAAAGAAAGUCUAGACAGCUUCAUAGAAGUGGGAAAUUGCAACCUUUCCUCUUUGAUUGAAGGUUUAUUGAAAAAGUUUGCUGAGCUUGAUUCUGGCUGUAUGACUGAAUUGCAAAGAAUUGCACCUGAAGUGGUGUCUCAUUUGGUUCAAUCCAUUCUGGAUGUUGAUUCUCGUGUCUUAAGAUCAGCUUCUGAGGCUGAGGUGCGGAAGGCAAAAGCUCGAGAGCGUCAGGCUGCCAUAUUGGAGAAAAUGAGAGCUGCGCAGUCGAACUUUAUGGCAAACCACAACUCAACUGCAAUUGAUUUGUUGGAUGAUUCAAAAUCCAAACACGAAGUAAUUGUCCCUGAUGAUAAUCAUGUCUCAGGAGAUCCAGCCCCAGUUAUUUGUUCUCUUUGUCGUGAUCCAGAUUCUAAGAGUCCUGUGUCUUUCCUGAUUCUUCUCCAGAAAUCUCGACUUGUGAGUUUCAUUGAGAGAGGCCCCCCAUCAUGGGAUCAACUUAAUCAGUCAGGCCAGGAACGUCCUACGGUCACAACAAACCAGGAUGCAGUUAACGAUUUUGGACAUGAUGGGCUGCGUGGUGGAGUCAAUGCUAUUCUGGACUUUCUGAAGGCCCAACGUCCUGAUGUGAGGGAUAUUCAUCUGCCGAGUGCAUCAACAGAUACAAAUAUGAAUACAUCUUCCUUUGAGAUGAUAGAAGGAGGAGUUUACCAAUCUAUUAAGAGAGAUUUGCAUGAUAGCUUGUUGCAUGUAAGUGUUCUGGAUGACAACCAGAAAUCUACAGCUUCAUAUGCUGUUGAACAGUCCAAAGGAAGCGACGGUGCUGAAUCUGCUUUGCUUGAAAAAUAUAUAGCAUCUCUUUCAGGAGAGACAUCAGAAUACCCUUCGGGCUCCAAGAUUUCUCUUUCACGUGUUGAAAAUGUAUCAUCUAAGUCCAGUAUUUGGUUUGCACCAUUCGAUGGAUUUGGUCCCUCUGAUUGUGAUGGAAUUCAUAUUUCUUCAUGUGGGCAUGCUGUGCAUCAAGAAUGCCGUGAUCGUUACUUAUUGUCUCUGAAGGAAAGAUACAGUAGGAGACUUGUUUUUGAAGGAGGGCACAUUGUGGACCCAGAUCAGGGGGAGUUUCUUUGUCCUGUGUGCCGCAGACUUGCAAAUUCAGUCCUGCCUGCACUCCCUGAUUAUUCUGGUAAUAUAAGGAAACCGAUAAUGUCUUCAGACCUGUGUUCAACACUAACUUCUAGUUCUUCAAGCACAUCAAAUUCGGAAGUUACUGUGCUUUGCCUUCGACAAGCCAUAGCUCUCCUUCAAAGUACGUCUAAUGUGGUUGGGAAGGGUGUGCUCCUGAAAGCAUUCUCUUUGCAGCGUAAUAAAAGAAUGAGACAUGUUCUUGAACCUGUCUUUCGUAUACUUGCUAAAUUGUACUUUGCAGACAGACAUGAAAAGUUUGCAGUAUCUGGGAGGCUAAGCCAUUCUAUGGUUCUCUGGGACACCCUUAGAUACUCCGUCAUGUCAACAGAAAUUGCUGCACGAGGUCGAAGAUCUUAUAUGUGCAGCUUAGAUUCAACCUCUGGUUUAUAUAAGGAGCUUGAAUCUUCCAGUGGAUUUAUUUUGUCCUUGUUGCUCCAAGUUGUCCAAAGUACUCGGAGUGAGGAUUCUGUUCAGGUGCUUCUUAGGUUUAGAGGCAUUCAGCUUUUGGCAGAGGCUGUUUGCUCUGGUGUUUCUAUGGAUGACGUGGGCUCGGGCACCGUUAGUCAAAGAGGUGAUAUGUUGUCUAUCCUGAAACAUGUUGACAAGGGAGUAAUAUAUCCUGACAUCCAGUUUUGGAAACGAGCUGCUGAUCCCGUCCUAGCUCAUGACCCCUUUUCGUCAUUGAUGUUGGUGUUGUUUUGUCUUCCGCGUCCAUUUCUAUCAUCCAUGGAGUCUUUCAUACCUUUGGUGCAUCUCUUCUACGUUGUAUGUGUAAUUCAGGCAGUAAUUACAUUAUGUGGGAGUCAACUUGAUCUCAGCAGUUUACAGCUUGGUGACUGCCCAAUUAUUAACAUAUGCAAGAUUAUUGGGAAAUCUGUAAUUGUUCGGAAGUAUUUUGUUUCCAAUUAUACUGAUUCCUCAGUGCAUCCAAAAGAUAUGAUUCGUAGAUUUACUUUUCCUUAUUUAAGGAGGUGUGCUUUAUUGUGGAAAUUGCUAAGCUCUUCGAUGUCAACCCCAUUUUGUGAUAAAUCUCAUGUAUGGGAUAGGUCAUCUCCUCAUACAGACAAUGAUAAAUGGGAAAGGACCUGUGAUUUAUCAAUGGAGCUUAAAGAAAUUGAACAGCUAGAGAACAUGUUCAAAAUUCCCUCUUUGGAUGUUGUUCUCAAGGAUGCAUUGUUGCAUACUAUGGUGUUGAAAUGGUUCAAUCAUUUCUUCAAUGUGUUUGAGGUUCGGAGUUAUGGACGUGCUUUGCACUCUGCUCCAAUGGUUGCAUUUAAGUUGAUGCGUCUGCCCCAUCUUUACCAGGAUCUUUUGCAGAGGUAUAUUAAACAGCAGUGCCCUGACUGUGAAGUUGUUCAGGAUGAGCCGGCUUUAUGCUUGCUUUGUGGUAGAUUAUGCUCUCCAACCUGGAAGCCAUGCUGCAGGGAAAGCAGCUGCCAAACGCAUGCAAUGGCCUGUGGUGCUGGUAUUGGAGUGUUCCUUUUGAUCAGGAGAACCACAAUCUUGUUGCAAAGAUCAGCACGUCAAUCACCUUGGCCUUCUCCCUACUUGGAUUCGUUUGGUGAAGAGGAUAUAGAAAUGCUAAGAGGGAAGCCAUUGUAUUUGAACGAGGAACGCUAUACUGCUCUUACGCAUAUGGUGGCAUCUCAUGGCCUCGAUCGAAGUUCUGAAGUUCUUCGUCAAACAACUAUCGACUCACCAUUUCUGAUGUAGAAUAGAAAUUAUAUUUACGGUUGUGGAGGGGGGGAACACAUUGGAGUGUUGUGGUGCUUAUUGUGCAUCUCAUUCAGGUUAGUAUCAGUGUUUCCCUCUCUCGCAUCUUGCUAUUUUUUUGGUUUAUUGUUGUUAGAGUGCUCUUGGAUUCCUUUACCUUUAAGGGGACACAAAACUGUGUACAAUGGUCACCCCCUUUACUAAUGAAAUAAACAGAUAAAAAGUUGUAUAUGAA